UGCGAGAGAUAGGAUCUACGAUUCCCUCAUAGUUCUAACUCAUUUGUUAUCCGAUCGAUCAGUCACAGGAGUUGUGUGUCCAAAUAAGAGGGAUAUACCAAGACAGAAAUGGUCAGAAGACGAGAUACAACUGAAGGUUCUAUUUGCCUGUUCACUGAGAAGAUGGAAUACGCCAAGAAGUCUCUCAGUCUGCUGUCUCCCACAUCCCUCUCCAAGUGUGUGACAGCCAGCAUGACAGCCAGCGCCUCUAUGACCCAGCAGCUUCUCACGGGCCUGACCCCCCGCCUCAGGCCCUUCCGGGUCACCAACGCAGACCGCAGUGUCAGGAAGGGCAUCAUGGCCGACGGGCUCCAGGAUCUGCUAAACAAGGUGAUGGACAUGAUGCAGGUGUCCUGUGUGAGUGCCCUGGUGCUGGACGAGGACGGGACCGGGGUGGAUACAGAGGAGUUCUUUCAGACUCUGCAGGACAACUCUGUCUUUGUGGUGCUGGACAAGGGGCAGAAAUGGACACCUCCCAAGAAUGGUCCCCACUGCGAACACUUCACUGAGCGUCGGCCCCAGCGGAGGAAAGAUGUUGCUCGGUUGACCUUUGACCUAUACAAGAACAACCCCCAGGAUUUCAUUGGCUGCCUGAAUGUGAAGGCCACACUGUAUGGCAUGUAUUCCGUCUCCUAUGACCUGCGCUGCUAUGGAGCCAAGAGGCUACUGAAGGAGGCAUUACGAUGGACUUUGUUCACCAUGCAAGCUACAGGCCAUGUUCUGUUGGGCACCUCCUGUUACAUGCAGCAGCUGCUGGAUGAAGAGGAGAAGGGCGAGAUUAGGUCAAAGAUGCCUGAAAAUAUGGCUGAUGAAAUGCAGUCCAUCCAAUGGAGGAAGACGGGGGUGUGACCUCUGCUUGAAAAUAAAAACACUGGAAAGGGAUCGGCUGCCUGCAAGGGAAAGCUGUGUAACCAGGGGCAAUGCCAUGCCUAAGGGAGGGGAGGUGGAGGGUUACAUGAUAUCACUAUUGUGUUAUCACCAUUAAUGUUCCAUGACAGGUGCAGGUGUCAUGGUAACAUCUGCCUACUGUGGGAUGCAGCACUUUCCUGUUGGCUGUUUUGCAGAGCAAAAUGUCUGCCCAUGUUUUCCCUGGCAUUGAAGCUAUCACUUUGCCCUGCAUGUUGUUACAUGUGUGUGUGUGUGUGUGUGUGUGUGUGUGUGUGUGCGCGCAUGUCUUGUUUAUUGGAGAGAGGUGAGAGGGAGCCUCUACAGUCUAAAAGAUGCCACGUCACCCCGUGGUUCGCCGCUUGAACCCAGUCCUCACCCCCAAACUAAAGUUUCAGUUUUACAGGUGCUGAGUGUGUACCACACAGACAUCUGCAGUGUCUCUGUCUGUCCCUUUCAAUGUUUCCCAGCACUAAUAAAUGAUGAGAUGUA